AUGGCUAUUAUCAACAGAAAUAUCCUUUUUUAUAAAGCAUUGUAUGUGCCGAUUCAGAGCCGUCGAAUUUCUUAUAUUAUCACGAAUAAUCAGGGAACACCAGAAAAUUCCAGCAAUUACAAAAAUAAACUACGACCAUCCGAAAAAAACGAACAAACUUUUUCGGGAACGACAGACGAAUUAGCACAUAAUGACACUUCGUAUGAUCCGAAAACUAUCGAUCCACGUCAAGAGAUGGAAAAGACAAAGCAUGAGAAUGAAGAUCGGAACCCAUUGGAAUGGAGUGCUGCUAAUCAAUCUAUUAGUAAAAGUACUGACAAGAGAGGAAAUCAACAUGCAUAA